AUGGUAUACGCCCGCGAGGAUGUUGAGAACGUCCUGGCCGCGCGGGGAUGGAGGGAGGUAAGGCAGAUAGGAGAAGGUUCCUUUGCUAAAGCUCUUUUGGUUGAAGCGGCGGACGGGACACAGGCGGUAUGCAAGGUCAUGGACAUUACCCAGGCAUCCAAGAAGGAGGCCGAGGCUGCUGCCAAGGAAGGCCGGCUCCUUGCAUCUUUGCGGCAUCCUUUCGUGGUCCGCUACCGCGACAGCUUCUGCGAGGCUGGUGUGCUAUGCAUCAUCAUGGACUUCUGCGAAGGCGGAGAGCUUGCCAGACAAAUCCGAAGGGCAAGACGCAAUCAUCAGAGGAUCCCAGAGGAGCAGAUCCUUCGGUGGUUCACGCAGGCAACGCUUGCCGUGAAGUUCAUCCACGACAAGCACAUCCUUCACAGGGAUUUAAAGCCUGCCAACUUCUUCCUCACAAAGAACGGGUCUUUGAAAAUGGGAGACUUUGGGAUAGCAAAGACAAUGGCUUGCACACUAGCAUGUGCAAAGACCAGGAUUGGCACGCCAUAUUAUUUGAGUCCAGAAGUAUGCCAGGAAAAGCCGUACAACUGGUCAUCAGACAUGUGGUCAAUGGGUUGCAUUCUGUAUGAGAUGUGCGCUUUGCAGGUGCCCUUCGACGCGCACAGUAUUUCGGGCUUGGUGCAGAAGAUCUGCUACGGCCCACUGCCGGUGGUUCCAGACUGCUACUCCGACUUUCUUCGGCGGCUGUGCCGACAACUUCUGGAUCGGGAGCCAAAGAAGAGACCCUCCGCAGACGAGGAGAUCUCCCGCUUAGUGCUUGGGACGGCGCUCGUCCUGCUCGGCGUGAUAUCAGGAGGCAACGAAGAUAUGCAUCGCGAAACCUUUGCCCAAGUGCAGCGGCGGGCUGCAGCGGCUACCGUGAUCGCCAGCCUGAGCCUUCCCUGGCCAGCGCAAGCUGGCGUGCCCUUGGUAUCCUUCACUUCUGGCGGCUGGGUUGAGUACACAGUCGGAGGAGCUUUUCAGGUUUCCAUGCCGGACAACUACAAAGUUCUUGAAGAGACUGCUACACGAACCGUCUGGCAAGGUGACAGGACAGGCCAGUACAACACCAUGUCUGCGGAAGUGAUCGAGGUAGAUGCGGACACCUUGGAGAAAGCUCUUGGAAUGGAAGGCAUGGGCAUCAAAGACAUUGGCGAGAAGCUGUCAGACAAGAGACCAUUGGGUGGCGCAGACUUCUACGGCGUGGAGCAGCUCGAAGGUAUGGAGGCCUAUCGUUUUGAAUUUGUUGGCGACUCCAUCCACGAGUAUGUUAUGCAUGCACUGGUGCGGAAGGCCUCGACCAACCUACUGUGCACGGUCACCACUCGUGCUGCAGGGCUGCUGUGGAGCAACAACGACCGCUUCCAGACCUUUGCCAAGAUCAUCGCAAGCUUCAAGCCCAAAGCAUCUCGUCUGAGUGCUCGCAGUGAGCUCUUGUCUGUACUUCAGGUCCUGCAACUUCCCGAAAUCCAAAGGGUGGUGCGGCAGAUGCUUGAAGAGGUUAGAAGUCUUCAGCGGGAGGAGCAGGCAGCUAAAGGGACAGCUGCUUCUGCGGCCGGCACCUUCAGGAAAGAUGACCUUGUAGAGUACUAUUCAGUCACUCAUGGCGAAUGGCUCCCUGCUAUAGUGGUGGAUGCGGACGCACUCGGCCGAGUGAUGAUUGACUUACGACCGGGGGUGUGGCUCUCAUCUGAUGUGCAGGCGAGCAAAAUGCGACCGAGACGACAAGAAGGCUCCAGCGACAGCUCUGGAAGCGAGGCAACACGGCCUGAGCGAGUCUCAGAAGAGGAUCCUCAUGGCCCUGCAGGUGGCGACGUGUCGGUCAUCCCAGCUCCUGCUGAUCAUCUGAAGAAGCUGCCGAACGGACGAAGGGCUGCAGCUGCCGUGGCUUUGCGCCUUCGAGAUUCCCCAAGACCUCCGGAGGACUGCAACAGUUUUGCAAGCAUUGCAGGCCAACUAUGA